AUGGCCACAGAAGCGGAGCAUACUUCUAAGACAAGACGCCGUAGCAGAGCAGGAUGCUGGACGUGCCGCAGCCCGACAGUGAAGAAAGGUUGCGAUCGACGCCGUCCCAUCUGUGGGCGAUGUGAGCGACUGAAAAUAUCAUGCGACUAUACUCCACGACCGACUCUAGCAGAGCGUCGCAGGACCAACCGAAGCUUGAGUUCCGCACAGAGUCCUUUGUCCUCUAUCAGCGAUGCAGCUUCACCCAUUGUCUCAAACACGAGCCAGGAGAUUCUCGACUCACCUUCGGUACCAGAGGCUUGCAAUACGGGGAGAUGUACUCUGGAUCUAUGUGCUGAAGACUACGAAGCUAUUCGCUAUUUUCGAACCGAAUUUGCCAAAUUGCAUCACACUAAGAACCCGGAGUAUUCAUUGAUAUCACUCAUGUUCAACAUCGCGCAAACUGAACCCAUGGUCAUGCACAUGGUCGUGGCGAUUGGGCAUCAAGAGAUGGAUUUUCGACGGCAUCAAUCGUCGGUCAGCGCUCAGAAUGCUUCGUCGAACCACUAUGGUCUGGCGCUCAGACUCAUGGCAGAUGCAAUUGUGCCAUCAAGCGAAACCACGAAGGAUCUUGACACGAUCCUCACUGCUUUGUGGCUAAUGCUACUUUAUGAACAGCAAUUCGGCGACGAAAGGUGCAGAGCAUAUUUGAGCCAUCUCCAGGGUGUGGCAUCGCUAUUGCAGUCGCAGAGCGGUAACCUACUUCAGCUUCCACCACACAAACUUGGAGCCCAAGAAAAUAGUCCAGUAGCUGUACGGACAGACCACUCGAGUAAAGAGUCGAAGAUAUCUAUCUACUCGGCACGCGUUCUAAUCUGGAUUGUAUUGCUUGAUUCAGCAGCCGCGACGUCUGGUGUCGGGGGACACGUGAAUGAAGCUAUCCUCAACAUGCUGCUUUCGAAUCCGACAGACACUCGUAUGCGAUCCAAAGAUCCUAUCAAGGCAGUGGCACGUCUCCAUCACUAUUCCAAUUCCUUGUAUCGACUAACAUGGGGCGACGCAUACCCUCAGGCUGAGCUGGUCGACGAUGUAGAGAACCGCAACGUUUACGCCCUACUCGGCCAUUGUGCGUAUUUGCGAUUCUUGACCGCUCAGCUUGCGACAUUGUAUCGCGAUGAUCCUUCGUCAGCAAUGGAACAAGCGCAUGAAGUGGAAUACUCAAUCGAUGAAGUCGGCGAUCUCUUCAGAGAACUCAUGGAGGUGGCUCAUGAGCUGUCUCUAGAGACCGACAACAGUCACAGACUGGUGGCGAACAUGCGAGCAAUUGUACCUAUGUACUAUGCUAUCAUCCUAGACUUCAAGCGCUUGACAGCCUUCAACGAUCCCAUGGAUGAGCGACAGCGCUAUGCUUUACAAGAGAUCAUGAAUCUCUGUUUUCAGGAUUUCACGCAUGGCGGCGACCAGCCCAACCUGAGAGUUGCUUGGCCUCUGUUCAUGGCAGCCCUCGAAACCCAUGACAUGCUACAUCAUAAAUUCAUACUGGACCGUUUCGAAACCUUCCGACUUUAUGGGAAGAACUACGAACGCGCCCACCGCUUUUUGGUCACAGUCAUUGCCAUGCAACGACGUCAUGGCAAGCGCGUAGACGUCAGAGCGCAAAUGGAGCAGAAGGAAUUGUUCGUUUUGGGAUGAUACGUACAACGCUCUUUCUGUGACCAACGCGCAAGACGACAAUGCUUGACUGACGGAUCUUGACCAUUGUGUUCGUUCACCCUGAGCAUCCAUUGAAAUUGGCGACAAGCCGUGUUCGCUAAACCACGUUUGGGUUAAGGAGCGCUUAAAUCGGUCGCUUCCGCUCGGUCUUGGAUCACGUGUGGUGCACUGUCAAGAACAACACA